GGGCUUGUAUAUCCAUAGUCUACGUGACAUCUUCCCCAUAUAAUCUCCCUCUCUCUCACUCUCCCCACAUUCGGAGCAGCAGGCCAGCAGCCACUGCUAGUUUCUUACAUUUUCAUUAAAAUCAACACACAGUCAAGGCUCUAUCAACCCCUCUCUUCAAGAAAAUGUGGGAAUGGCAUGAUGACGAGUUCGUUCUCGAUGAAGUAACCAAUCUAGAUGUACCUCAGAGCCUAUGGAAUGAUUUAGUCCCGAAUGAGGAAAAUCUAUCCUGUGUGUUUGAUGAAAUAACUCCAGUAAAAGCCUGUGGAGAUGUGGAUUGCCCCAAUACAAACAAUGGGGAAAUGUCUGAGUCCAGGAAAGAAACUGCAGAUAAUACACAGGACAGGGAAAAGUGCAAGUCCAAUUCUUCACAUGUAAAGAGGCGCCGGAUGUUACAAUUUGACUCUGAGGCUAUACCUAUUCUUGACUGCAACGAAGACAUGCCCCCGGCAUUCUUAAAAGAAAAGGAUAGGGCAGACACUCUUGAAGAGGCUUUUUCCAAUAUGUCACAAUGGGUUUCUGGAGAAGAUACAUCAUCAUCAGGCUAUGAGGGCCUGGAUCAAUCAUCUGAAGUAUGGGUAGCUAAUUGCUUGACUAAUGCUGAGAUUCAACUUAGCUCUAAUGAUUUGAAUAGUUCUGGUGCGGCUGAAGUUCAAAAUGCUGGUUUGUCUGACAUCCAUCGUGAACAUGAGACUAGGAGAGCUCAGAAGUGUCGCCCUCGACCUCGUAAAAAUGUUGUUCUCAAAGGUAAAAAGUCAUACACACAGACUCCAGUUAAGGGGACAUCUUCUGUCGCCUACCCAUUUGGUUUUAUUAAACCAUGUGGUGUUCAUGGAGAUGUGACUCUGAGAGACAUAAACCAGCGGAUUUGCACUCCACCAAAGCCAAAGCCAAAAGAAGAAGACCCUGCUGCUAUUUAUCCAACUUCAGCGUUUUCUGGGAAGCCUGUUGUCGGUCAGACUAAAAUUCACACUGAAGGCGGAAAGGGCUGCAUAACAAUCAUGCGAACAAAGGGAUGAGUUGAUGUUCGCAUUGCCUGUGCCCUUUUUAGUCCUUUGGUCACAUCUCGUACAGAAUUUGCUUAUUAAUUUAAUCUUUAUAUAAUCAAGGUGUUGCUCUUGGGUUCAUAAUCUCAGUGAGUUAGAUAUGUGGUCAUUUUAGUGAUAUGUCCCUUUUGUUUCAAAGCUUGAACCUUUUGUCUUCUGUGCUGAACCUUGCCAGGGCAUAUCUCCUCUUUAAUUUUCGGGAUUAUAGUAUGAAAUGAAUUAACUGUUUAGAAAAA